UUGUACAACCCAACACAGGUUUUGAGAUUUGGGGUUUAUUAUAUUUUUUACAUCCAGUAACAUCUCCUUUGUGUUUGGUGGCAGGGAACGUGGACCGGCCGUCUCUGUGUCAAAUCUCACUCUCUACGAUUUCCAGCGCUUCCUCCAGUAUGAUCAGAAGGAAGCCUGGGCAAGUGACCUUGGUAAAGUGAGAGAUUAUCUAUGCAGUUAUCUCCGAGACACAGACAGCGAGAUGUCCGAGUUGGUGCUGCAACUGGACGAGUUCCUGAUUUACCUCUUCUCCAAAGAAAAUGGGAUUGUGGACUCUCGUGUGACGUGGUGAUCCCGGAAGAGAUGAACUACCCGCUGUCCCAGUACUGGAUCUCCUCCUCCCAUAACACGUACCUGACCGGGGACCAGUUUUCCAGCGAAUCCUCUCUCGAGGCGUACGCUCGCUGUCUCCGCUUGGGCUGUCGCUGCAUCGAGUUGGAUUGCUGGGAUGGGCCAGAUGACCUGCCAAUCAUCUACCAUGGACACACGCUGACCUCGAAGAUCAAAUUCCUGGAUGUUCUCUACACUAUCAAGGAGAACGCCUUCAUCACCUCCGAGUACCCGGUCAUCCUGUCCAUAGAAGAUCACUGCAGUGUCAUGCAGCAGAGGAAUAUGGCCUAUUACUUCAAGAAGGUGUUCGGGGAGAUGCUGCUGACCAAGCCGGUGGACAUCAAUGCCGAUGAGCUGCCGUCCCCCAACCAGCUGAGGAGGAAGGUUCUCAUCAAGCACAAGAAGUUGGUGGAAGGGAAUCUGUAUGAGGAAGUCUCCACAGCCAGCUACUCCGAGAAUGACAUCAGCAACUCCAUCAAGAAUGGAAUCCUGUACCUGGAGGACCCCAUCGACCACACUUGGAGUCCGCACUACUUUGUCCUGACCAGCAACAAGAUCUACUACUCCGAGGAGACGUCCCCGUACCAGUCCAAUGAGGAUGAGGAGGAGACCGAGCCAAAAGAGGAGAUAAAUAAUAACGAGCUGCACUUCAGCAAGAAAUGGUUCCACGGGAAGCUGGGCGGAGGGCGUGACGGACGGCAGAUCGCUGAGAAGUUGCUGCAUGAGUACUGCACCGAGACCGGAGGAAAAGAUGGGACCUUCCUAGUGCGGGAGAGCGAGACCUUUGUGGGGGACUACACCCUGUCCUUCUGGCGUUCCAACCGAGUCCAGCAUUGCCGCAUUCACUCCAGGCAGGAAGCCGGCACCACCAAGUUCUACCUGACUGACAACCUGGUAUUCGACAGUCUAUAUGGCCUCAUCAGCCAUUACCGGGAGGUGCCACUGCGCUGCAAUGAGUUCGAGAUGCGCCUGACGGACCCAGUGCCCCAGCCCAACGCCCAUGAGAGUAAAGAGUGGUACCACACCAGCCUCACCCGCCUGCAGGCAGAGCACAUGUUGAUGCGGGUCCCUCGUGACGGGGCCUUCCUGGUGCGCAAGAGGAGUGAAUCAAAUUCUUAUGCGAUUUCCUUCAGGGCGGAGGGAAAGAUUAAACACUGCCGCAUCCAGCAGGAAGGGCGUCUCUUCAUGCUGGGAAGCUCAGCUGAGUUUGAGAGCCUGGUGGACCUUGUUAGCUAUUAUGAGAAGCACCCUUUGUACCGCAAGAUGAAACUUCGCUACCCUAUUAAUGAGGAAGCUCUGGAGAAGAUGGGCACAACGGAACUAGACUAUGGUGCCCUCUAUGAAGUUCGGACUCCGCACCACUAUGUGGAAGCCAACAAAAUGCCGACAUCUCGGGGUAUGGUGAAGGCUCUCUACGACUACAAGGCCCAGCGGGAGGACGAGCUCUCCUUCUGUAAGCAAGCCAUCAUACACAACGUAGACAAGCAAGAUGGAGGCUGGUGGCGUGGGGAUUAUGGCGGGAAGAAGCAGCUUUGGUUCCCAGCGAACUACGUGGGAGGAGAUAAGCAGCACGCCGAGCGCAGAACAGGAGGACUCGACGCUGUUCUUCGGUCAAUCUGCAGAGAACAGCCCCCUGGGAAACUUCCUGAAAGGGUUCAUAGACGUGCCGUCCUGUCAUAUCGUCCUAUCUAAAGAAGGCCCGAGGCCCCAAACCUCACGUGUUCACCAUCCACUCCCAGCAGAUGUCACACCCCCUCUCAGGCCCUGGACGUGGCCGCCGCCGACACACUAGAAGAGCUCAAACGACUGGAUAGCGAAGAUCCGAGAGGCCACCCAGAACGCGGACGCCAGGAUGCAGGAGGGGAAGAUAAUGGAGAGGAGGAAGAAGAUCGCGCUGGAGCUUUCAGAGCUGGUCGUCUAUUGCCGCCCCGUGCCUUUCGAUGAAGAAAAGAUCGGGACAGAAAAGGCCUGCUACCGUGACAUGUCUUCAUUCCCCGAGACCAAGGCAGAAAAAUACGCCAACCGCAGCAAAGGGAAGAAGUUCCUGCAGUAUAAUCGGCGUCAGCUGAGCCGGGUUUACCCCAAAGGACAGCGGCUGGACUCCUCCAACUAUGACCCACUGCCCAUGUGGAUUUGUGGGAGCCAGCUGGUGGCCCUCAAUUUCCAGACUCCAGACAAGCCCAUGCAGCUGAACCAGGCGCUCUUCAUGCUGGGCGGACAGUGCGGGUACGUCCUACAGCCGGACAUCAUGAGAGACGACCUUUUCGACCCGUUCGAUAAAAAACAGCCUGAAGAUUGUGGAGCCAAUCACAGUGCAGAUCCAGAUCCUGGGCGCCAGGCACCUUCCAAAGAACGGUCGCAGUAUCGUGUGCCCCUUUGUGGAGGUGGAGGUCUGCGGCUCGGAGUUUGACAACAGCAAGAACAAGAGCGACGUCGUAGCUGAUAACGGUUUGAACCCGGUUUGGAUGAUGAAAGAGUUUGUAUUUGACAUCAAUAAUCCAGAGUUUGCCUUCCUGAGAUUCGUGGUGUACGAGGAGGACAUGUUCAGCGACCCCAACUUCCUGGCUCAGGCUACUUUUCCUGUGAAGGCGCUAAAGACAGGCUAUCGUUCGGUCCCCCUGCGGAAUAGUUACAGCGAGGAGCUGGAGCUGGCGGCGCUGCUGGUGCACACUGAGAUCGUCAACGCUAAGGAGGAAGAUGACGAGAAUCUAUACACGUCCAUCCAGCAGCUGCGUGACCGAGCCACCGAACUUUCCAGUCAGGUGUCCAGCUAUGAGCGUGCCAAUAACUGCGACUCCCGUUACCAGCAGCGGCUGGAUGAGCUCCGAGCGGCCCAGGAGAGAUUACUUGAGCUUACCGAAGUGCGCAACAGAAAACUCAUGGAAAAGAAGAGGAGAGACCGACAGCUGAUGAACAAGAGGAACUGA